AUGUGUGUAGAAUCCCUGCCAAUCAGAACUCACAUAAACAUCACGUUUGAGCAAGAGAAAAAGAAAGAAGGGCACAACUGUACACAAUCGAGAUCUAUACUGCAAAUGGAAAAAAAAUUAAUGAAGCUUACAGCUCAGACAUCGAGACAUGCACAUGAUUUGGCGCGUAGAAAAGUCGCUCGUAAUGCUGCUUGUCCGAGUUCUGCACACGCCAUGAAUGAUUUAUCUACCCAACAAUCUUGA